ACAUUUUCUUGGGUGAAAACUCUACGAUUGAUAAUCUAAUUUUCUGGAAGCGUACAAAAUGGAACAAGAUUCUUCUGUAGCAGCAGACUUGCAAGAUGGGGUUGAUGAAUUCUCCAAUAUCUCUUUUCGUCCAUUGGAGGUCUCCGAUGUCGAUGAUUUCAUGGUCUGGGCUUCUGAUGAGAGAGUGACUCAUUUUUGUAGUUUUAAUCCUUACACUAGCAAAGAAGAUGGCAUAAACUAUAUCAAAAACACUGUUAUAUCCCACCCAUGGUUUAGGGCAAUAUGCCUUAACAACAGGCCUAUUGGUGCCAUUUCAGUGACAAAGAAUUCAGGUAAUGAUAUAUGCAGAGGUGAACUUGGCUAUGUUCUGGCUGGCCAAUACUGGGGCAAAGGAAUUGCAACAAGGGCAGUGAAAAUGGUGGCCAAAACCAUUUUUAGCGAAAGGCCAGAACUGGAGAGACUUGAAGCCUUAGUAGAUGUACAAAAUGUGGGCUCACAAAAGGUCCUAGAGAAGGCUGGCUUCACGAGAGAAGGUGUUCUAAGAAGGUAUUUUAUUCUGAAGGGAAGGUCUAGAGACGUGGUUAUGUAUAGUCUUCUUGCUACUGAUCCUGUAAUUUGAUUGUUAUUGUUUGUACGAAAUUUUUUCUAGAUUUCUUUUUCUAAGUGAAUGAGUGAAAGAUAUUGUGACAAAAUAUGCCAAUUUUGAAGUCGAAUACUAAACAUUUAUUUGCCUUAA